CCUCAUAUAGCGCGCGAGGGAGCUGUCCCGGUGCUGAAACAGAAGCCUACAGGCACACGCAAGAGUCUCGCGCGCACGGGGGGAAAUGCUAUUUUCGCUGCCAUCCAUUCUCUGAGCUCCUACCUCGUUAAAAAAAAAACAGGCGGUAUGACGCGUUCAUUAAGCAAGCUCUCAUCGCUUGCUCUGGUGGUUCUCCUGCACUCUGUGGCUGUGCAUGGCGCAUCCGUCACCCGUCACCACCGACUGCGAGGAGGCAGCGGCACUCAGGACGCGUAUAUGAGCCCUAACUCUGACAUGAUCAAAGCCUUGGAGUACAUCGAGAGCCUGAAACGGCGCACCGACGACUCCGAAGGUCCGACCGGAGACUACGACGAAGUAGACAAAUUCCGCCUCCUGGUGCAACUCGCUUCGCUUCGGGACGAGGACGCGCCGGUCCGCAAGGACGCUGCCAGCUGGCCUGAUAAUAAGGCACCGGAAUGGGUUCGAGCUCUGCUCAGGGUUCUCGAUCAAACCCCGGACGGCGCAAUGACCCCUGGAAACGAGCGCCGCUUUCAUAAAAUCAGACGGCCGGUGACUGAAGUCGAAAGUCCCGCGACCGAGACCGGAGCCGUGGUGAGGCCUCACAAGAAAUAUCCACUCAUGUUUGAAGACGAGGAAAACGUCCGGGGCAACAAGCGAGCCACGGAGGACCUGGACGGGCAGUACACGCCGCAGAGCCUCGCCAACAUGCGCUCCAUAUUCGAAGAGCUCGGUAAACUGUCUAACUCACAGAACUUAAAGAGAGACGAGGCAGAGGAGGAGAAUGAUGAAGAUGACGAGGACGGGUACAGGCCUCGAAACCUGGCGUAUGAAGACGUGACGGGGGGUGAGGACUGGGUGCCGUUAGAGGAGCAGGUCGAGACCGAGGAGAUGGUGAAGGGCAGUCAUGAAGAGUUUGAAAGAGGAUUAGAAGACAGCGAGGAGGCGCGCGAGGUGACGGACAGACGAGCAGCCCCUGCGAUUGAAACCACCGAUAAUACAGAUGACGACACAAAACUUGUGGACUACGUCUUGCUGAAGGUGCUGGAAAUGAGCGAUCAGGCGCAGAAGCGCGAUCUGGCAGAAGCGCAAAGCGGUAGGAGAAGACUGCUGAACAUGCCCUCUCUUCUCGACCCGCGGGCCAUCAAGCAGCUGCUGUCAACUGUCUCUAUGAAGCUCCAAAUCCCACCUGAAGAUUUGGUCGGCAUGCUGUUUAUGGAGGAGACUCGGAAACAGCAACGACUACCUGAACCGCAGGAGGCGAGGAAACCCAGCACGCCUCGCUACCGGAGCCGCGUCAUCAAAUAUUACAACGGACGCCAACCGGAAGUCACAGUAAGCGAGAUUCCUCCCGAUGUUAAGACUGAAGAUAUCCUCAAAGUCCUGGGUCUGGGAAACAUGGCCAAUAAAAACGCAAAAUAUUUCGUUAAACCGAGACCAUAUAAAACGCCCAUGUCAAGAUAUUUCGCGCCAAGCGGAAGACGCGGGAGUUUCGCGGUGUCGGAGCUAAACAGAGCGCCAAGCAAACGGAAAGAUGACUAUGAUGACGCUGUGGAUGAAGACGAAGUGGCCACCUUCCUUGCCGCCAAACUUUUAACCGAGUACCCUGAUAGCAGUUCACCAGAUCGCAAAAGAGCCGUGGACUCUUCUAAUGCACUCUUUCCAUACGAAAUUUACGAGGAGGCAAUGAAAGAUUACUUCGAUCAAGUGGACACGGGGAAGGGCGCACCUGCGAAGAGAGACACGCAGGGCAAGAACGAGGAGGAAAUCCAGCAAAAAACACCGACCGAGAUCGCGACACCAGAGCAGGCUGAUCAGCAAAUCCCCGAGUCGGUAACCGAGGGAGAGAAAGAGCAUCAUACUAAACUGGUCGCUGGAAUGUAGUGGGUAAGAAUGAACCGCAAGGGAAAACAUUCCCCACCCUCUCCUUACAAAUGCCUCGAUUUCCUCAAGAUUAACCAACGUUAAGUGCUUUAGGAUGAAAUUCUAUAUUAUGUACAUAAUACACCGUAUACAAACGUGCAAGAGUAAACGACAUUUUGUCUUUUUUUGGGUUAUUAGUGUUUCAAGUGUAUUUUUGCAGCGUGCGUUUAGUAUGACGUGCUCUCCUUAUACUGAGCACUACGGAGCUAUAGCGUUAUUAGGCAAAGGUGGAUGUGGUCCUGUUCCAGUCAUUUUGUACCUGUUCUGAAGUGUGAAAUGACUCAAAGAUUAAUAAAGCAUUACUGUAUUAUUUUUC